AUGUCCGAAUCAACGCCCAUUGACGAAUUGUCGAAUGUUGAUGCAAUAACAACCACAGAUGAACAACCGAGAAAGUAUCUCCGUCGAAAUGAUGAUAUUAGUAUUGGUGUGACAACUCGUUCUCGACAACGUGAACAAGAUAAGAAGAACAAAGAAUCGGAGCCAAUGGAAUCGAUGAUAACUGAUCAAACAAUCCCAAACACAGUUGAAACUGCUGUGUCAAUAGAACAAUGUGCUAUAUGUAUGGAAAAUUUUGCUACACAAGAAGUUGGCAUACCAGAAAAUUGUGAACAUUCAUUUUGUUGGACUUGUAUUACUCAAUGGGCUAAAAAAAAUAAUUCAUGCCCAAUUGAUCGUAUAGCUUUUCGUCGUAUUUUCAAGAAAAAUUCAUUUACUAGUGCAAAACCAUAUGAUAGUGUGAAAGUAAAAGAUAAUCGUGCAGAAGUUCAAUUAGAAGAUGAUUUUCUUGAACUGAUUGAUGAUGAUAUAACAUGUCGUGUUUGUGGUCGAGAUGAUCAAGAAGAUCUUUUAUUAAUAUGUGAUGAAUGUGGUAAUGGUUAUCAUACAUUUUGUUUGGAAUUAUCAGGCGUACCUGAAACACCAGAAUGGAUGUGUCCAUUAUGUGAAGUUGAUCAAUUAUCAGCUGAUGAAGAAUUAUAUGAAGAUAGUGAUCUUGAUGAACUUCAACAUAUACUUUUUGAUGAUACAUUGAAUACAACUGAAACUGAUACUGAGGUUGCUGAUACUACUGUGCCUGUUAGACAAGCACGAGUACGACAAACAGCACGAAUGAGAACAGGUGGUGUACGUAAUCAACGUACAACAUCACCUAAUACAAGAUCACGUCGUCGUCGUCAACGACAACCAAGACGACGACGUGUACCAACUACAAGACGCUUAACAUUAAUGCAACAACAACGUCAACGUCAAAGACGUCAACGACAAGUUAUUAAUAAUGUUAAUCGACGAAUAGAAAAUGUUAAUACAAGAACAAGAGAUAGUACAACAUUAACUACUGCACAAAAUUUUCCUAAUCGACAUGAUACACCAAGAUUAUCUAUCUUUAAUGGUGAACCAGUUGCUCUAGAAGAUGAACCAUCAUCAUCAAUAACAACAGCAACAACAAGCUCAAUGUUACCAUUAAAUCGAACUAUAAUUACACCGAAUGAAGCUGCUCGUCGAAUAGCUGCAAGUGGGAUACCAAUAUUAUCUCGUAGUCAUACAGAACCAUCAAUAAGUCGAGAAUUAAGUAUACGACGAACAACACCAACACUUGAUCGUGUACCAUCACGAACAAUUCGUCCUCCACGAGUAGCACCAGUACAACCACUAAUACCUAUUAAUCAAUUGCCACGUAUUCAACGUCGAACUGAUGCACCACUUCGGCCACGUCCAAUACCACGAUCAUCAACAACAACAACUCGAACAUCAGAUUCAAUAUCUUCAAUUGCUCCAUCAUUUAUUGAUAAUCUUCUUAAUUCUCAAGAACGUCUUCAUAAUUUACAAAAUGUUCGAAUACAUGGACCACAUAUUGAAAUAUCAUGA